AUGUAUCAUCGUCGUCCGGAGAUCAAGUGGAUGUUCGAGAGGAGGAAGAAGAGGAAGAUUGAUAAUAGUGAAAGUGAACCCAACGUGUUUGAUGAUUUGCCUGAAGAGUUAAAGAUUGAGAUUUUACGAAGAUUACCAACAAAGAAAGCUGCCAUACUUACUCUUGUUUCAAAGUCAUGGUUUUGGUUGAUCACAACAAAGAUCUUUCCCAAGACAAACCCAAAGCUUCCUUUCAUCGGUGUUGUCCUCAUUGGUAACUAUGAUUCACGUCCCAAUACAACCAUAUUGAUAGAGGCCCUUCAAAAUUCAGACUCACAUUCAGUGUUGCCUAGCAAUAUUGAACGUGAUAGACACUAUCCUUUUACUUUUUUCACUUCUCAACAUAAAGUUUUGAUGAAUUGCUGUAAUGGGUUGAUUUUGUUUUCUGGUUGUAAUGAGUCUAAGAGGAGUUUUAACUAUUCAUAUAUUGUUUAUAACCCUUUGACUAAUCAAUGGGUUGAUUUUGAUUAUGUUGUUAAUAAGCCUUAUGUUACUGCUAAAAGCACAAUGUAUGCUGCAUUGGCUUAUAACCCUUCUGAGUCUUGUUUUUAUAGAGUUGUUCAGUUUCAGGGAUUUAGGUGUUUGAAUGUUUAUUGUUCAGAGACAAGGAGUUGGAACAAGCUUAGAUAUCGUCUCCCAACUCGGGUUAGUACUUGCAAAACAAGGUGGCUUAAACAGACUGUGUUUUACCAAGGGGCAUUGUUUAGACUAUCCACCUCUGGCCAUUUGUUGAAGUUUGUGAUUGAUAAGGAAGCUACUUCAAUCAAGGAUCAAGCUCAAGCAAUUGAUUUGCCUAAGUUUCAGGCUUCCAAACACCCUCCAAAUAGCUAUGGCCUUAAUUGUAUUGGGCUAAGCAAUGAUCAGAUAAACUUCAUGGCAUUUGACAAGGAAUUGAGUUUGUGCAUUUGGGUUCUUUCUGAUACCUAUGAAUGGUCUCUUAGAACUAAGCUUUCGAAAAUCCAUGAAAAGUAUGGUAUGGAGAACAAUUUCUGCAGACCUUUGGCUUUCCAUUCAUACAUGGAUACAGUUUUUGUUGGUGCAAAGUCUCCUCAUUUAGGUUCAUUAUUCUUGUCCUUAAAUUUUGAAAAGGAUGUUUGUUCUCAACAGGAAGAUAACUAUGUCAUAGAGACUUUGAACUUAGAAGGGUUUCAGUCAUUAAAUUGGCUUGAUGUUGCUCCUUCCUCUUUUCACUACUCUCAUGUCCCUUUCGCGAAUGGAAUGGCGAAGAAACUUUCUCUGCAAGUGGAAGAAUGGAAGCCAGAACACACAUGA